UGUUAAUAAUCUACGUUCAAUGUUUCGUCGCGAAGAAAAAAAUAAUAUAACUGAUAGUGCUAAGAACGAACGUGACUUAAAACGUCAGAAAUUUUUAGGCCAAGGUAAGAAAGAGAAGGGAGAAAAUAUAACAGAAUCCGAACCUAAGAAAGAGAUAACAGAUAAUAUAACAGAAUCCGAACCUAAGAAAGAGAUAACAGAUAAUAUAACAGAAUCCGAACCUAAGAAAGAGAUAACAGAUAAUAUAACAGAAUCCGAACCUAAGAAAGAGAUAACAGAUAAUAUAACAGAAUCCGAACCUAAGAAAGAGAUAACGGAUAAUAUAACAGAAUCCGAACCUAAGAAAGAGGUAACCGAUAAUAUAACAGAAUCUGAACCUAAGAUAGAGAUAACAGAUAAUAUAACAGAAUCAGAACCUAAGAAAGAGAUAACAGAUAAUAUAACAGAAUCCGAGCCUAAGAAAGAGAUAACAGAUAAUAUAACAGAAUCCGAACCUAAGAAAGAGAUGAGAGACAAUAUAACAGAAUCCAAACCUAAGAAAGAGAUAACAGAUAAUAUAACAGAAUCCGAGCCUAAGAAAGAGAUAACAGAUAAUAUAACAGAAUCCGAACCUAAAAAAGAGAUAACAGAUAAUAUAACAGAAUCCGAACCUAGGAAAGAGAUAACAGAUAAUAUAACAGAAUCCAAACCUAAGAAAGAGAUAAAAGAUAAUAUAACAGAAUCCGAACCUAAGAAAGAGAUGAGAGUCAAUAUAACAGAAUCCGAACCUAAGAAAGAGCAGGAAAAAAAUAAAAAAAAACAUAAGAAAUUAAAUAUUUUGAAAUUUCCUUUUGGUAAAAAUGAUAACCAUUAA